AUGGGCGGCAUAGGAAAAACAACUAUUGCGGCUGCCAUUUUUCAAGAGUUCUCUCCCAAGUACCAAGGUAGUUGUUUCUUGGCCAAUGUAAGAGAAGAAUCUUCAAGGCAUGGCCUCAGCUACAUAUUCAAUAGACUUCUUUCUGAGUUGCUGCAGGAACAUGUUCAUAUUACCACUCCAAAGAUUGUGUCUUCUGCUAUACUCCGCAGAUUGAGGCGUAAGAAAGUUUUCAUAGUGCUAGAUGAUGUGAAUACUUCUGAGCUUUUAGAAAAUUUGCUUGGAGUGGGACAAGAUUAUCUUGGAGUUGGUAGCAAAGUUAUUGUUACCACCAGAGAUAAGCAUGUUCUUCUGAGUAGAUCGGUUGAUCAUAUCCAUGAAGUCACAGAAAUGAAUGAGGAGAACUCUCUCAAACUCUUUAGCUUGAAUGCCUUCAACAGAACCCAUCCUCCUGAAAAUGAAUACUGGGAGCUAUCAAAAAGGGCACUUGCUUAUGCCAGAGGAAAUCCUUUAGCUUUGAAAGUUUUGGGAUCUUUUCUUCAUUCCAGAACUGAAAAGGAAUGGGACAAUGCAUUGACAAAACUAAAAAGGAUUCCUAAUGCAGAUAUUCAAAAGGUGUUGAGGUUGAGUUUCAAUGAACUAGAUGAUACAGAAAAGGAUAUAUUUCUGGAUAUUGCAUGCUUCUUUAAAGGAGAAGAGAAAGAAAAAGUAAUAAGAAUAUUAAAUGAGUGUGGCUUCUUCGCAGAUAUUGGAAUAAGAAACCUCUUAGACAAGGCUCUUAUAUCAAUAGCUACGAAUCAAAGCAUACAAAUGCACGACCUGAUACAGGAAAUGGGUCACAAAAUUGUAUGUGAAGAAUCUCUCAAGAACCCUGGAAAGCGGAGUAGAGUGUGGCACCCGGACGAAGUUUGCGAUAUAUUAGAGAAUGAUAAAGGAUCCGCUACGAUUGAAACCAUAUACUUGGAUAUGACUCAGCAUACAGAAAUUUGUAUAAGCUCCAACGCAUUUAGAAAGAUGCCAAAGCUAAGGUUACUUGCUUUUGCUAGCAGCAGCAUUGAUUAUGGGAGAAAGAGAGUUGAUUAUACAUUGAGUCUUCCAACAGCUCUGGAGUUGCCUAAUAACUUGAGAUACAUUCAAUGGGAUGGAUGUCCAUUAAAAUCUCUAUCGACUACUUCUUGGCCUAGCAAGCUUGUUGAACUCUCCAUGCCAUACAGUAAUGUUGAAAAGCUUUGGGAUGGGCCACAGAGUUUACCGAGCUUGGAGGAAGUUUAUCUCAGUGGUUCGAAGCGAAUGAUAGAGUGUCCAGAUUUUUCAGGUUCUCCAAAUCUCAAAGCAAUAUGGCUAAAUCAUUGUGAAAGCUUGCCUCAUGUUCAUCCUUCUAUUUUCUCCCUUCCAAAACUUGGAUUUUUAGCUGUGUAUGGAUGCAAAGAACUUAAGAGCCUAAGCAGCAACAACUGUUCAACUUCCCUUGAAAAAGUUGUUGCCUAUGGCUGCCCAAAUCUGCAAGAAUUCUCAAUCCCAAUUUCAAAAGAUCAUUCUGAUAUUCAUGUGCAUUUGAGGUCAACUGCCUUGAAACAACUACCAUCAUCAAUUGUGCAUCUUCAACAUCUUGUGAACUUCUCCUUUCCAAUCAGCGAUCUCCUCAUGGAUCUUCCUGAAAAGUACACCAAUCAAAUCAUGCUUUCAGACCCUAAUAACCAAGAAUCUGACUCAGUGGCCACCUUACGUACAAUCCUACCUAGCCCUAUCUUCCAUUAUCUAAAACAACUGAAAUUUGAUGGAUGUCAAAGCUUAUCUGAACUCCCAGACAAUAUUUCUUCAUUAUCAUCAUUGUUGUACCUAAGCUUUCAUAACACUAAUAUCUCAGGCUUUCCAGAAAGCAUUAAGAAUCUUCCGCGGCUCAAAGUUCUUUUUAUUUGUCAUUGUGAAAUGCUACAACUUAUUCCGGAGCUUCCACCUUCCGUUCAUUGCUUUAGGGCUUGGGAUUGCAAAUCUUUGAGGACGGUGUUAAGUUCAAGUGAACCACCAAAAACACGGCAAGAUGCCAUUGCUAGGAUGGAAAUCAGGGCAAAAUCACUAUCAGCAACAAGAACAGAAAACAGAAAUGAAGAAUUCACUGUUGUUGAUAAUGAUAGUGAUGAUUAUAUUUAUGAGGAUAAUAUCAAUGUUGGCAAGAUUUGUUAUUUCUUGCCAAUUAGAGGCAAUAAACUUGAUGACUUGUUCCAUGCUUCUUCUGCACAAAAUGCAAUCACUAUUCAACUGCCCCAAGGUUCCAAUUUCUUUGGUUUCAUAUUCUACUUGGUGGUUCCUCCAAUACAACCAUGUAACAUGGUUGAAGAACUUGAAAUUAGGUUUGGAUUUGAAUGUUACUUGGAAACAAGUUGGGGCCAAAGGACCCAUAUAGCAAAUAAUGGAAAUAAUUGGAGGAAGAAAUGCCAUUGA